CAGAGACAGACAGAAAAAACAACAAACAAACAAGAGAAUCCCCAAACCACAACAAACCCCAACGAUGAGCGCCUUCCCAACCGCCACUGCCACUACUGUGGCGCUUGUCGCCAUGCUCUUGUUGUCUUCCCGUUCGCCGUCGUGCUUGGCCAGCAAAGAGACGGCUGAGGCGACGACGAGGAAGAGUGAUGGCAGGUCCAAGUACGUGCAUGUGGCGGUGCUUGAGCGCCCUCCAGAUAGCUGCGAGCCCGUGCAGUUGGGUGAUCACCUAACUUUGCAGUUUGUUGGCUUUAUCGAGGAGGAGAAGCGCCGCUUCACGGAAGAGCCCGAGGAGAUGGAGUACACGAUGGGGGAGCCGACGUUUGUGAAGGGGUGGCAGUAUGCGCUCGAGGGCGUGUGCCAGGGCGAGCGACGGAUGGUGGUGAUCCCGCCCAGCCUCGCCUUUGGCGCAGAGGGCCGACCGCCCCAGGUGCCUCCCAACGUGCACCUGCGGUUCUACAUCGACGUGAUCAAGGUCGUUGGGCACCGGCCAUCGGAGCUCCCACACCGAUGGCAAGACAUCAUCACCAUGGAGGCGUGCGCAGUGGGGCUUGUUGUCAUCUUCAUUGGCAUUGCAGCGUGGUGGUGGUACAGCACCGCGGCUGCAUCAUCUGGGCGGAAGAAGAUCAGAUGAAGCGAUGUGAUGUGAUGUGACAUGAUGUGAUGUGAGAUGUGACACAAGCUAUGUUGUGUCAUUUCACACCAGCCCGUGCAACAUGGGUGUUACGUUACAUUUCGUGACGUGUUGUGGCGUGCCUCGGCGAAAAGAGAUAGAUGUACGCAUGUACGCAUGUACGCAUGAAGGAGGCAUUGAGCGCACUGCUCCCCUCUUCGGCUGCGGUGUGUGCUGUACCCUUGUUGAAUCUCGUUAUUGCCUGCUCGUGUCAGCGGGAGCGCCACCCAUCCAACGCCUGUCCCCGACCUUGUCCUACUCCUCUUUUCUCCUCGCGCUCUCGUUCAGCCUUCAUAUCCGCCCCCCCCCCCACACACACACCCUCUCCAUCUCCACUGUUCUUCACUCCCAUUCCGCUCCUUGUCAUCGCUUCAUCCACCCACCCCUUGCUCACCCACCUCCCUAGUCGUCACACGUUCGCUGCUGCGGCUGUGGUAUUGAGCAACGCGUAAAUGGCAGCGCAAAGGCAGCCAAAGGCUCCGUGCAUUCUCA